GUUUAACAGUCGUGACUCCAAAAACUUUUGGGACCGUUUUGAUCGCCGCAGAUCAGUUAAUACACACUUUCGUGAAACGUGAAGCGGAUCAAAUGGAGCCGUUACGGUGAUGUGACGCCUCUCUUUGCCUCGCGGGGAUGUUUUUUUGGCGGAAAUACUGACCACGGACAUGAACGUCGCGCCUCAAAACCCCAGGGUGUAAAGCAGCGAUCACCAUGGCAACGCAGUUUACUAUUGAUGAUGCCUUUGUGUUGGGGGGGGAGGAGGAGGAGGAGGAGGGAGACCUAUGUGAUGGCAACUCAUCCGAGGUGUGGAAGGGUCGAGAGAAGGACAGAGAGGGAGGAGAGUUGACAUUUGGUCCCUUGACUUUCUCCAAACCUCAGAGCCUCCCGUCGCCUCCUGCAGCCGCUUCUGCAGAGAACAGCAACCUGAAGUACCAGAAUCUGGAAAAUGAAGAUGCCUUGGGCAACUAUGGAAAUUCAGCUUUCAAUAACCUUUUUAAAAUCAGCGACCCUGCCACGCUCUCCUACUGCAGCUCGCAGUGGUCAUUCAGCACCUUGAGUUCUGUCACGCAACUUCCCGCGCGCUGCUGCGGGUGGGUCUCUCAUCCUCUUGUGAAGAAAAACAGAAGGGUUGUUCUCGCUUCUUUCCUUCUUUUCAUCACAGGGAUCGCUCUCAUUUUCACUGGUGUUGUUAUUCAGCUGAAUCCAGUUGCAGGAGUUUCCAGCGCCAUUUUCUUUGUACCUGGUUUUCUUCUCUUCAUCCCAGGAGUGUAUCAUGUGAUUUACAUCUACUGCGCAGUCCGUGGUAGACGAGGUUUCAAGUUGUUCUACUUGCCAUAUUUUGAAAAGUGACCAAUAAGCUGCAGACACGCCCACUACAGAGUUGGUUCUCUCGAAUGAAUUGUAUUUUACUUUUUGUAACAAUCGUGUAAUGACCACUACUAACGCCACCACUCGUGCUUUCAUUGAUUCCACCACAUUAACUAAAUCACUGUAAGCAAACGGAGGUCAGCCUGUGUCUUUUAUGAAUUGUG